CCAGCCAGCCACGCAACACUGGAGCUACUGAAAACAUGGCUGCUUCUGUACGGGUGAGGACGUGGAACAGCAAGGCUAGCUCAGUCAAACCCUGGCUCCUUCUUUUGACAGGGAUCAUUUUAUUGGGCGAUGUAAAUAGCGGGGUCAUGGCAGCACCAGAACCGGGACAAUGGAGUAUUACAGUUGUCAAUACCUCAAGACCAUUACUUUUGAGGAAAUCCAUGUAUAAAGACACUGAUAUCAAAUUGAAAGUUGUGUCCUUUGGUUGUCCAGAGGAGAUGACUUUUACCAUUCAAUGGUACUUGAAAUACUAUCCCUGCCACAAUGAGUUCAAUAAUAUUGAGGAAAUGUAUGAGAGGACGCCACUGAGUCGAGGACAGAGUAUGGAUCCUAACCCUCUAGGACAAGGGGAAUGCAUUGAGCACAAGCACAAGCCCUUGAGCUGCAACAAUGACCUGCGAUACUUCCCAAUGCUAAAUAAAGCCAAGGCAGAACCACGGCCAGUUGUCCCUCCCAUGGAAGGAGCAGCACCGGGCUCAGAUGAAAACUACACGAAGUGGACGAUGGAGGAGUACGACAACAUGACGCUUAAACAUGACGUCAUCGCCACCACGUGGAAGGACGGCCCCUAUCUGCUGGUGGUGGUGAUUAAGUCUAACAAACAGGAAGCCAACUGGAAUCUAACAGUCAACGUCGUAAUGAAAGGAACUCACGGCUAUAUCUCCAUCACGGAAUGGCCUCUCAUGAUCUUCUACAUGGUGAUGUGUACAGUGUACAUCCUGUAUGCGUUACUCUGGUUCCUGUGGGCUGCCUGCUACUGGAAGGACUUACUGAGGAUCCAGUUCUGGAUAGCUGGAGUCAUCUUUCUGGGCAUGGUGGAGAAGGCUGUGUUCUGUGCUGAGUACGAGAACACCAACGGUGUCGGGGCAGCUUCUCCAGGCCUGUUGAUCUUUGCUGAGCUCAUCUCUGCCCUGAAGAGAACCCUGGCACGGCUGCUGGUCAUUAUCGUCAGUCUGGGAUAUGGUAUAGUCAAACCUCGACUGGGUACAGUGAUGCACAGAGUGGUGGGACUAGGUGUGAUGUACUUUGCCUUUGCUGCCAUCGAAGGUGUGCUUAGGAUCACUGGGGCGAAAGACUCUGACCUUGCUCUGUUGGCCAACAUUCCUCUGGCUCUGCUUGACUCUUCUCUCUGCUGGUGGAUAUUUGUGAGCCUGGCUCACACUAUAAAGACACUGAAGCUGAGGAGAAACCCAGUGAAGCUGUCUCUCUACAGACAUUUCACAAACACACUCAUCUUCGCCAUUAUAGCUUCAAUCAUUUUCAUGGUGUGGACGACGAAAAAAUUCAGACUAGCCGUCUGUCAAUCUGACUGGGUGGAGCUGUGGGUAGAUGAUGCCUUCUGGAGGUUCCUGUUCUCCAUCAUACUGCUGGUUAUCAUGUUCUUAUGGAGACCCUCUGCUAACAACCAAAGAUAUGCGUUCACUCCACUGAUGGAUGACUCUGACGAUGAGGAGAUUGAGGAGUUCCUGGUGUCAGCUAAUUUAGCUGAUGGCAUAAAGCUGAGAGCCUCCAACUUUAAGAGUGAGACGAACGGCUCAGCCAAACCUUCAGGAUCUAACCAGGAUGAAGACUUGAAGUGGGUGGAAGAGAACAUUCCUACCUCUCUAACAGACGUAGCGUUGCCCGUCCUUCUUGAUUCAGAUGAGGAAAUCAUGACUACAAAAUAUGAAAUGUCCAAGAUGGAGUAACAUGGGGAAAUCUUCCUACUACCCACGAUGGAUGCAGAGCAUCUCUUCCUUCUGAGAUUGGUUCCUCCUGCAUGGCAUGGAAGAGACAGAUCACCAGGAGCGCGACACCUCUCCCGUCCUAGGCCUGUUUAGGCUGAGAGUCAGACCUCUGUCUACAACACUACUGGGGCUUAACACCUCUGACUUGGCGAUCAGCAGGGUCUUAUUCAUUCGGUAUCAAAUGGAAGAAAACUGAUUUAAACAGGAGGUACGACCUGAACUUGUCCAAUAAGAAAUGCUUGUUAUAGUUUUCCGUUGCAAAACAUUUUUGCUGCGGUGUGCCCUAAUGUGUUUAGCCCUCUCACCCUCUCCACAAACCAAUACAUGACAAUUGAGUGUGUCCCAAAGUGCACCCUAUUCCCUAUUCAGUGCCUUCGGAAAGUAUUCAGACUCCUUUACCUUUUUUUCACAUUUUGUUACGUUACAGCCAUGUUCUAAAAUUGAUUAAAUGUUUUUU